AUGCCAGAGUUGCGAAGUGGAGCACGGAGAUCAAAACGGCUUAGUGAUCUUCAGCCUGCCCCUCAACACCCUGAUCACGAAGAAAAUUUUGUGGCGCCCACUCAGAACAGAACCAGAAGGAGAGGAAGAGGGAGAGGUAAUGCAGUGGCUGUAGGAAAAGGGCCUUCAGCAGUGACACCCUCAAGGCCAACAGCUGCUGGAAGAGGCAGGGGAACUAGAUUUAUAGAUUUAGACCUGGAGCCUCAUCGCGAGGUUCUUCCUCAAGCUGUUGCUCUUGGGCCUGGGGAACCAGUUUUUAAUAGAAUAGAAGGAAUUGCAGAUAAGGAAAUUGCCAUGAAUGGUGGGAGUGCAGACAAAAUAAUGGGAGUUGAAGAAGAAGCAAGUACAACUCCCGUACCUGAAAGGGUACAAGUGGGUAGUUCUCCCGUGUAUAAGACAGAAAGGAAGUUAGGAAAGGGUGGUUUUGGUCAAGUUUAUGUCGGUCGAAGGGUAAAUGGUGGCACUGGAAGAACAGGAGCGGAUGCAAUUGAGGUUGCAUUGAAGUUUGAGCACCGAAAUAGUAAGGGUUGCAAUUAUGGCCCUCCAUAUGAGUGGCAGGUGUACAAUAACCUGAACGGAUGUUAUGGGAUCCCAUCAGUUCACUACAAGGGUCGUCAAGGAGAUUUUUACAUCCUGGUCAUGGAUAUGCUUGGACCCAGUCUUUGGGAUGUUUGGAAUUCUUUAGGCCAGUCGAUGUCUCCCGGUAUGGUGGCUUGUGUUGCUGUAGAGGCUAUAUCAAUUCUUGAAAAGCUUCACAUGAAGGGGUUUGUGCAUGGAGAUGUGAAGCCAGAGAAUUUUCUACUUGGUCAACCUGGAACUGCAGAUGAGAAAAAGCUAUAUCUCAUUGAUCUUGGUUUGGCAUCCAGGUGGAAAGAUGCAUCUUCUGCUCAGCAUGUUGAAUAUGAUCAGAGGCCUGAUAUAUUCAGGGGCACAAUAAGGUAUGCAAGUGUGCACGCACAUUUGGGUCGUACUGGGAGUAGGAGGGACGAUCUUGAGUCACUGGCAUACACACUGAUAUUUCUCAUUAAGGGAAGGUUACCGUGGCAAGGUUAUCAGGGUGACAACAAGAGUUUUUUAGUUUCUAAAAAGAAAAUGUCUACUUCUCCAGAGUUGAUGUGCUGCUUUUGCCCAGCUCCAUUCAAACGGUUUCUUGAGGAUGUUACAAAUAUGAACUUUGACGAGGAACCAAAUUACUCUAAGUUGGUGUCAUUAUUUGAGAGUCUUAUCGAACCAUGCACGUCAUUAAGACCAAUAAGAAUUGAUGGAGCUCUAAAGGUUGGCCAGAAGCGUGGAAGGUUGCCGAUUAACUUAGAAGAGGACGAACAACCUAAGAAGAAAGUGCGACUAGGUAGUCCAGCUACCCAGUGGAUUUCGGUGUAUAAUGCUCGUCGUCCUAUGAAACAAAGAUAUCACUACAAUGUUGCAGACUCAAGGCUCUUUCAGCACGUAGAGAAGGGUUUCAGUUCACAGGUGUAUGAGCUAUCAGCUGUCUUCCUUCAUAAGGAUUGGAUCAUGGAACAGUGGGAAAAAAACUAUUACAUCAGUUCAAUAGCUGGUGCAGCUAAUGGAAGUUCCUUGGUGGUUAUGUCUAAAGGAACUCCCUACACCCAGCAGUCCUAUAAAGUAAGUGAAUCCUUUCCGUUCAAGUGGAUUAAUAAAAAAUGGAAGGAAGGUUUCCAUGUUACGUCCAUGACAACAGCUGGCAGUCGGUGGGGUGUCGUUAUGUCUAGAAAUUCUGGAUACUCUGAGCAGGUUGUAGAACUUGAUUUUUUGUACCCAAGCGAGGGAAUACAUCGCCGCUGGGAAAGUGGUUACAGAAUAACUUCCAUGGCUGCCACUGAUGAUCAAGCGGCAUUCAUACUGAGUACUCUAAAGCGAAAAAUGAUGGAUGAGACUCAAGAAACUCUUCGCACAUCUGCUUUCCCAAGUGCCCAUGUAAAGGAGAAAUGGUCCAAAAAUCUCUACAUUGCAUCCAUUUGUUAUGGUCGUACUGUGUGCUGA